AUGUCUCCACACUGCGACUCUGCCUCCCCCUUCUCCGGCGGCUAUGCCACCACCACACCCUUUCGGGGCUUUGAUAGGCCAUCAAACUUAAGGAUUGCACAUGAGGCUGAGAGCGGCUCUGAUACCCCACUGAGCAGUGACUGUGAAAGUUUGUCACUGGAGUCCAGGCCAUCAUCUGCCCGCCUUCUUAUCCCAGGGGUAUAUGUCCCUACGAUGUGCUUUUUCAAGCCAGAGUCGGAGGAGAUUGAUACCGAUACUAUUACACAACAUGCAGUACGACUAGCUCGAGCUGGUGUUACUGGAUUAGCCACUCAAGGCUCAAAUGGAGAGGCUGUGCACUUGACACACGCAGAAAGACAGUUGGUCACCGCCACUACCAGGCGGGCACUGGAUGGAAAUGGCUUCGCCCAUAUGCCUCUCAUCGUGGGCUGUGGAAGCCAGAGUACCCGUGAGACAAUUGAGUUCUGCAGAGAAGCAUAUGAGUCUGGAGGUGACUAUGCCCUGGUCCUCCCUCCCUCGUACUAUGCUACCCUUUUCUCCCCUGGGUUACGGACCAUUGUGGAUUUUUUCGAAAAGGUGGCCGAUAUCUCCCCGAUUCCUAUUAUCAUCUAUAACUUUCCCGGGGCUGCGGGUGGUUUGGAUCUGACUUCUGACGUGAUCGUCGAGUUGGCUAAGCACCCUAAUAUUGCUGGUGUGAAGCUGACGUGUGGCAAUACUGGGAAGCUGAACCGAGUGGCAGCUGCCACUCGGCGUCUUUCUAAGACCUAUGACCCCUCACACCCCGAUUUCCUUGUUCUUGCUGGAUCGGCAGACUUCUUAGUGCAGUCCAUGUCUGGUGGUGGGCACGGCAUUCUCGCCGGGCUCGCCAACAUCGCUCCCAAAGCAUGCGUAAGGGCUUUUGAAUGCUACCAGAGCAAAAACCUCAGCGAAGCACAGAAUAUGCAAGAAGUUCUGUCCGAUGGGGAUUGGACAGCAAUUCAAGGCGGUGUUCUAGGAGUCAAGGCCGGCCUGCAAGGCUGGAUGGGGUACGGUGGUUACGCACGGAGCCCCCUUCCAAAACCGACUGCAGAUCAGGCGCAGAAAUGGAAGGACGGGUUCCGUGGCUUGAUGUCAUUGGAAAAGUCGCUGUAG